AUGACCGGCCAGAGCCUGUGGGAUGUGUCGGAGGCCAACGUCGAGGAUGGAGAGAUCCGCAUCAACGUGGGCGGCUUCAAGAAGCGGUUGCGCUCGCACACGCUGCUGCGCUUCCCCGAGACGCGCCUGGGCCGCCUGCUGCUGUGCCACUCGCGCGAGGCCAUCCUGGAGCUCUGCGACGACUACGACGAUGCCCAGCGCGAGUUCUACUUCGACCGCAACCCGGAGCUCUUCCCCUACGUGCUGCACUUCUACCACACUGGCAAGCUGCACGUCAUGGCGGAGCUCUGCGUCUUCUCCUUCAGCCAGGAGAUUGAGUACUGGGGCAUCAACGAGUUCUUCAUCGACUCCUGCUGCAGCUACAGCUACCACGGCCGCAAAGUGGAGCCCGAGCAGGAGAAAUGGGACGAGCAGAGCGACCAGGAGAGCACCACGUCCUCCUUCGACGAGAUCCUGGCCUUCUACAACGACGCCUCCAAGUUCGACGGGCAGCCUCUGGGCAACUUCCGCAGACAGCUGUGGCUGGCGCUGGACAACCCCGGCUACUCGGUCCUGAGCAGGGUCUUCAGCGUCCUGUCCAUCCUCGUGGUGCUGGGGUCCAUCAUCACCAUGUGUCUCAAUAGCCUGCCAGACUUCCAGAUCCCUGACCGCCAGGGCAACCCCGGCGAGGACCCCAGGUUCGAAAUCGUGGAGCACUUCGGCAUCGCCUGGUUCACCCUUGAGCUGGUAGCCAGGUUUGCUGUGGCCCCCGACUUCCUCAAGUUCUUCAAGAAUGCCCUAAACCUGAUCGACCUCAUGUCCAUCGUCCCCUUCUACAUCACGCUGGUGGUGAACCUGGUUGUGGAGAGCACACCUACCUUGGCCAACUUGGGCAGGGUGGCCCAGGUCCUAAGGCUGAUGCGGAUUUUCCGCAUCUUAAAGCUGGCCAGACACUCCACUGGCCUCCGCUCCCUGGGGGCCACCCUGAAGUACAGCUACAAGGAGGUGGGGCUGCUUAUGCUCUACCUCUCGGUGGGGAUUUCCAUCUUCUCCGUAGUGGCCUAUACCAUCGAAAAGGAGGAGAACGAGGGCCUGGCCACCAUCCCCGCCUGCUGGUGGUGGGCCACCGUCAGUAUGACCACCGUAGGGUACGGGGAUGUGGUCCCGGGGACCACGGCAGGGAAGCUGACCGCCUCUGCCUGCAUCCUGGCAGGUAUCCUGGUGGUGGUACUGCCCAUCACCUUGAUCUUCAAUAAAUUCUCCCACUUUUAUCGGCGCCAAAAGCAACUUGAGAGCGCCAUGCGCAGCUGUGACUUCGGAGAUGGAAUGAAGGAGGUCCCUUCUGUCAAUUUAAGGGACUAUUAUGCCCAUAAAGUUAAAUCCCUCAUGGCGAGCCUGACGAACAUGAGCAGGAGCUCGCCAAGCGAACUUAGUUUAAAUGAUUCCCUACAUUAG